AUGAAAAUUGAUAGGCCUUGGCAUUAUGGUGAAGAGGGUGUCAAUCUUGUGCUAGUUUUUGAAUUCUUGGACUGGGAAUUCUUGGUUUUGGUGUUAUUUGUGUGUUUUUACUUCAGGGAACAUUUCAACCCGUUGCUGGAACAGAUCUCAAAGUUAGAAGAAGCUCUCUACAACAUUCAAUUUGAACAACACUGGUUAGAGGCUCAAACUGAUCGUCAGGCGCUAGUCAAUGAAAGUAUGGCCCGGAGAGCAAUGCAGAAGGCAUUUUUUGAAUCUAUAGCACUUAUCGGAGCUUGUAGCAUUCAAGUUUACCUCCUCCUCCAACUUUUUGAAAGGAAACUUGGAACAUCCAGAGUCUAAAAUUUUCUACCACUUUCUAUUUAUUGGCAUUUGGAAUAUCCACAACUUUUAAUGCUGUGGAGUUUUGCUUGUUGGAUUACCCAUUGUUAGAUGUAUCAGUUAAUUUAUUUAUU